UGAAUUGACUCCGUAGUACUUUGUAGGUCUGCAAAGAUUCAUUAAUUUAAUACUCAGUAUUUGCAGUGUUCCCGAACUCAGUGUUCAUGUUAGUGGAUUUAAAGAAUUUCAACAUGGCUUCAGUUCUAUGUGCUCUCCUGCAGUUCCUCCUCUGCUAUACAGCAGUUUCCUCUCUAUCAGUGAAGAUCAGUCCAUUGAAGCCACUGUUUCAAGUGGGACACAGAGAGAAGAUCACGUGUCAAGCGGAUCAAUGCAAUGGCAAAAUGACAUUCUCCUGGCAAAAUUUAGAGGACAUGCCCUUGAAUGCUGAAAUCCAGACGUCUUCGAAUAAAUCAACUUUGCUCUACAAAAGUGUUCAAGAACAUCAUGAAUAUUCAAUUGUGUGCAAGCUAACCUGCCAGGGCAAUCCCAAGGAGGGAAGCAUGAAAAUCAAAGUGUACUCUUUUCCAAAUGAUCCAGUUGUCUCUGGACAUGACAAUUUGGUGCUAGGGAAGGAGAACACCAUGACCUGCAAGGUUUCAGACGUUUAUCCAGCAGAACACAUGACAGUGGAAUGGCUGAGAGGAGGAAACGUGGUCCACACACAGGAAGGAGAAUAUGGAAUUAAAUCCAUUCAAUCCAAGUACACCUUUAAACCAAAGCUCAAUGACACAGGAGAGUUAAUAACUUGUCGGGUCACACUCAGUCUUGAUAACCUGCCACCAGAGAGGAGAACCAGACAUACCACUGUGUCCAUGGCUGUCUUUUCCCCUCCUCUGCUGGUGUCCCUGCAGCCAAAUUCGAGCUUCAUCCGAGUAGAGCGAGGUUCCUCUAUGACACUGUUCUGCAAUAGCUCAGGCUGUCCUCACUCUCAUAUCACCUGGAAGAAUGAAAGACAUCAACCACGUCUGAGCAGUACUGCUGACAGCGAGGCAUUCGUAUCCCAGUUAGGCCCAUGGACUGUUGGUCUGGAGGAUAACCGAACAUUCAUUUGUGAAGCUCAAUGUGGCUCUGUUGUGAAGUCCAAGCACACAGAGAUUAUGGUUUACUCCUUUCCCUCAGAUCCUGCCAUUGAAAUUUCUGGAUCCUUUAUGGAAGGGAAAGUGACCAACCUGACCUGUACAGUUCAUGACAUCUUCCCAGUCGACUGUUUUCAUAUGCAAUGGAUGUACGGAGAGCUUGAGCUGCAGUCAGUCCGUGGAAAUUUCUCAGACAAGCUUCAAAACCUUAGCUUAACUAUCCCCAUCAAGCCUAAGGACAGUGACCAAAAUAAGAUGUUUACCUGCAAGGUAUCACUAAAGAUCGGAAAACAAGAUUGGAAGUUACAGAAGACAGCAAAUACCACACUGGCAGUACAAUAUUCACCCAAGAAUACCACCAUUGACGUGAGACCCCAGAAGCAACUGAAUGAAGGGGAGACUGUGACUAUCUCCUGCCAGACUGCCAGUUAUCCAGAGGGACAUGUGACUUUAAGUAGGGUGUGGAAUGGAGAAGAGACUAAAUUAGUUUCCAGUAAUGGGACCCAAACCUCUUUUAGCAUAUCCUAUACUAAUGUAUCACACUCUGGCAUCUACGUGUGUGAAGCUGUUAACAGAUAUGGCCAUCAGAGAGAGAUGGUCCAGAUAACUGUACAAGCACCUCCAAGGAAUAUCACAGUGACAGUAUACCCUUCAAACAUGGUUCAUGAGGGUGAAACAGUCACAGUUGGCUGCCAGUAUGUGAGCUUUCCACCAUCUGAAAUUACCUUAAGGAAACUGGACAACGGAAGUGACAUUUACUCUUCCAAUGGGACCUUCUUGCUGGUUAACCUCACUGCCAACAGCUCAGGACUGUACCAGGUCACUGCUACCAAUGCCCUGGGUUCUGAGAUUAAGAUUUUCACACUAAAUGUAACAAGUAAUAAAAUAGAAUCACCUCUGUUAAAAAGAAUUCAUUCAAUUGAUUUUAUAAUUCCAGUCAUUGGUCUGGGAGUUCUGGCUACAGUACUCAGUACCCUAGACUGUAUAAGAAGAGUAAAAAGGAAUGGCUUGUAUGAGAUGACUGAAGGCAUACCAUAAACUGUUUAGACUGCUUGAACAAAAACACAAGCUUAGUCUCCUUUAUUAAACUGAAGCAGAAUCUACUGAACCUAAUCAGGCACACAUACUGCUUGAACUGAAUCACAUACCGUGGUGAUUCAGAGUUGAAACAGUCUCUGCUAAACUCAGUUACUGACUGGGAACCUCAUUCAUAUUCUGAAUGAAUGAAUCAGACUGUAAAUGAAUCGCACUGCUUGAACUGAUUCACGCUUCACUAAACAAACUCUGGUAAACCAAAUUGUACUUCACUGAACUGAAUUUUUCUUCAGUGAACCGAAACACACUCUGCUAAAUUAAAUCUCACACUGGUGAACUGAAUCGCUCACCACUAAACCGAGUUACACUGCUGGACAGACAACACUGAUCUGAAUUAGACUGAGUCAACUAAACCGCCCUGUCGGGACCUACUUUACCUCUUUUGGGGUAUUACUCUCAGAUAUCUGUAACAUUUGUGUGAAUGUGUGUGUGUGUGUGUGUGUGUGUGUGUGUGUGUGUGUGUGUGUGUGUGUGUGUGUGUGUGUGUGUGUGUGUG